ACUGUGAUUUAGGUUGAUUAAAAAUGGCUAGCAAUGACUGGUUUUGGAGCGCCAGAAUGCCCAUCUCUAAUCCCACGCAAAAGAAGAACUUGCUAGCUUCGACUCCUACGCGCCCACUUUCUCAGCACCUUUCUCAGCACGUGGCUGUAAGCCCAGAAUUAUCACCUUCUCAGAGGUGCAGUCCGCGAAGUUUAGCUCUGAAGGUGACACAAAUUGCAGAACCCUCGUGUUCCAAAGCAGCCCAUCUGCCUCCAAUAUCAUCACUUCCUUCAAAGAGAAUACUGGAGGGGUUUAUUGCAAGAUAUAAAAGUGGAGUAAUAAACCCAGUAUCUGCUUUGCAUCAGUUUGCGCAAAUGCACCAUUUACCACUUAAAUUGAAAGAAACUAGUGUGUCAGGUGAUAACAUAGGGACUUACUUUGCUUUUUGUGCUGUGGUGGAUGGUGUUUGCUACAAGACUGGAUUGGGACAAAACAAAAAAGAAUCUAAAUCAAAUGCUGCCAAAUUGGCUCUUGUUGAGCUACUUGGCCUGGAGUGUGCGGAGGCAAUGGAUUCUGAAAAGUCAGGUUCGCCCUGUAUUCCCAUUGAACCCAAAAUGCCAGCAGACUCUGUUAAUGUUUCAAAGAUACGUUUUGAAGGAAGACCACUUAUAUAUCAGAACCUUUCACAAACACUCAAAGGAGUAUUUAACAGCCUGACUGCCAAAUAUCCUGAGUACCAAAGUUGUGGCAGUUCUCUGGCUGCCUUCAUCAUUGAAAAAGCUGGACAGCAUGAAGUUGUAGCUUUAGGAACAGGAGAAUGCAAUUACAGUCAGUGUUUUCAUCUUCGUGGGAGAGUGCUGCAUGACAGCCAUGCCAUUGUUACUGCAAGACGUUCACUACUUAGAUAUUUUUAUAGGCAUCUUCUGCUAUUCUAUAAUGAAAAGCCAACAAGGACAGAGAAAUCCAUAUUUUGCACAGUGCCAGACUCAAAGCUGCUUACCCUAAAGCAAAAUGUAAAUAUCUUUCUCUACAUGAAUCGGUUGCCAAAAGGAUCUGCUGUGUUAAAAUCCCAGUUACACCUCAAUCCACAAUCUGUAUCUGCUUAUGAAGCUAAUGAAGAAUUGAGUCUUCAUGUUGCCGUGGAAGGCAAGAUUUACCUAACUGUUUGUUGUCCCCCUAAAGUUGUUAGAGUAAACAGCAUGUCAGCUAGUGACAAAUUAACAAAAUGGGAAGUGGUUGGUAUUCAGGGAGCAUUGCUGAGUCACUUCAUUCAACCAGUUUAUAUCAACACUAUACUCAUAGGAGAUGGAAAUUGCAAGAAUACAAGAGGACUGGAAAUAACUGUAAAACAACGUAUUGACGAUGCACUUUCAUCAAAACUUCCCAUGCUUUAUCUGGUCAACAGAUCUCAUACUUACUUGGUGAAUGCUGCACACCCAGUUCAAAUGGACACACAGCAGAGGUCUCUUAGUUUGAACUGGUCUUUGUCAGAUACCUCAUUGGAAGUUGUGGAUGGGUUAAGUGGAAAAACCACUGAAAGUUCACCAUUCAAAAGUGGUGCUUCCAUGGCAAGUCGCCUUUGCAAAGCUGCAAUGUUUAGUCGUUUCAGAUUGCUGGCUAAGGAAGCAAAACAGAAUGACUUGCUUCAAGUUGAUACAUACCAUGAAGCUAAGAUUAGAUCUGAAUCAUACCAAGAAGCUAAAAACUUACUGAAAAGCUACUUAGAACAGCGUAAUUUUGGAUCCUGGAUUUUGAAGUCUCCAUGUAUUGAACAGUUCAGUGUCUGACUGAGGUGGAUUGUACGUGAAGUUAGUUUGCAUGAUUUCUUUGAGUAAAACUAAUAGUGAUUAACUAAAAUGUUUCACCAUUUGGAUUCACGUUUGCGGCACGAAAAUCAUUCUAGAACUUCUUUUUGUCAAUUUAAAUGCAGUUAUUAGACCACCUGUAACAAUUCAGUCUUUUCCAAAUGUCUAUUUUCUCUUCAGUAAGAGCAUCUAACAGUAGCUUUGCAAGUCUUGUUUUCUGUUGUUCUCCUCUGUGGCCUGGUGGAAUCAUUGACUUUUUUUUUUUUUUUAGCGUGAAGAUUCUUAUGCAUUGACUUCCUUCCUCCCUCCCUCCUCCUCCCUUCAUUUUUCAUAAGAGUUCAUUUUUAAGAAAAAAUUCAGUAAAAGCAGGGUUUCU